UAUUUUUAACGACGCUAAUAUUUCCCCUGGUCUCUGAAAUGUUGGGAAUCAACAUCCAACAUGAAUCACCCGCAGAGCAGUGACACCAGCAGCGAAGGCUCCCAGAUCAAGGGAGAUGUUGAAAAGAACCCCGGUCGACUUUUAUCUAUGGGCAAGGGGAAGGUCUUUCCUCCCCUUCUUCCGAACCGAGAGGAUUAUGUCGUCGGGUUUGACGGUCCAGACGACCCAGAACAUCCCUUCAGCUGGGCUAUUUCCAUCAAGCUAUAUGUAUCCAUCAUGGUAUGCUUCGGCACGUUUACCGCAUCGUUCGCCAGCGCGGUCUUUGCCCCAGGAGCCGGAGGAGCAGCCAAGGCGUUUGGGGUGAGCUCCGAGGUUGGAAUGCUCGGUACGACACUCUACGUGCUGGGGUUUGCAUCGGGGCCGUUGAUUUGGGCACCUGCCUCGGAGUUAAUUGGUAGACGAUGGCCAUUGACUAUGGGGAUUGUCGGCGUGGGCCUGUUUAGCAUCGCUUCGGCAGUUGCCAAAGAUAUCCAGACGGUUAUUAUUUGUCGCUUCUUUGCCGGGAUGUUUGGGGCCAGCCAGCUCUCAGUGGUUCCCGCCGUGCUGUCGGACAUUUAUAACAACAUGCACCGCGGUGCUGCCAUUGCCGUGUAUUCGUUAACAGUGUUCGUUGGGCCGUUCAGCGGUCCGUUUGUCGGGGGCUUUCUCGCCUCCAGCUCUCUUGGAUGGCGAUGGACCUUGUAUAUCCCAGCAUUUAUGGGCUUUGCAUGUGCAGCUAUGUUUGUGCUCUUCCUGAAGGAGACCUAUGCCCCGUGCAUCCUAGUCUCCAAAGCGGCAGCCCUACGGCGGCAGACCUCAAAUUGGGGCAUCCAUGCCAAACAGGAGGAGGUUGAAGUGGACUUGCAAGAGCUGGUUCAGAAGAACUUUACUCGUCCGCUGAGGAUGCUAGUGACCGAGCCCAUAAUCCUGGUCAUUUCAGUCUAUAUGUCUUUUAUUUACGGGCUGGUCUAUGCCCUGCUUGAGGCCUACCCGUACGUCUUUGAAUCAGUCUAUGGGAUGAGUCCCGGAGUCGGCGGUCUUACCUUUUGUGGGCUGAUAAUUGGCCAGCUGCUGGCAUGCGGCUUCAUCCUGUCUCAGCAUUCGGUUUAUGUGAAGAAGCUGGCUGCCAACGAUAAUAUUCCCAUUCCUGAAUGGCGUCUGACGCCUGCCAUUGUAGGAGCUCCUGUCUUCACGGCCGGGAUCUUCUGGUUCAGCUGGACUGGGUUUACGCCCAGCAUCCACUGGCUCGCACCGACUGCUGCAGUCGUCCUGAUCGGCUUUGGGAUUUUGUGCAUCUUCCUGCCGUGCUUCAACUAUCUGGUUGAUUCCUAUCUUCCUUUGGCGGCAUCAACUGUGGCCGCAAACAUCAUCCUCCGGUCGAGUGUGGCUGCGGGAUUUCCCCUUUUUGCGAAGCAAAUGUUUGCAAAUCUGGGGGUGCAAUGGGCGGGGACGCUGCUGGGUUGCUUGGCGGCGAUUAUGAUUCCGAUUCCAUUGUUGUUCCGAUUGUACGGGCCGCGCUGGGGUUAUGACUGUCACUACUCGCGACACACGAGACCUCGCCCUUCCACCCCUAGUCACCCCGACUCCGACCCUGUUCCCGUUCCAGACGACAGUCCCGCUGCAGCUGCCCGUGUCGCUGAGUCCCUUGAAGCCAACUCGGGGGCUGCAUUUGUGAGAAAAGUCGCCCUCAAAGUCGACCCCGUCAACGCUCCCAAGUUGAAUCUCUUCGGCUGGAAUGUGGGGAAACGCAAGUCGCUCGCUCCUGGAGCCUCCGCCGACAAGCCCAUUGACGAUAUUUGCUCGGCAACUACCUUGCAAACUCUAGGACGCCGCUACUUUGCCAAGAUCGACCCCUGCUAUGGCUUCAUCGAUUCGGUGCAGUUCUUUCGGCGUAUGGAUGCUCGCUGGCAGCCGUUUGCAGAAGAGAGUACGUAUGAUGGCGUGCUCGCGGGCGUGGCUGCGUUGGGGGCCCUCUUUUCCGACACAGAAAUGGACAGGGUUGAAAGCAGUCUGGUGGAACUGGCUCGCCACAUCUCUGACACCCAUCUCGGCAGUGCGCCCCCAUCUUUAGACCUUCUCACUGUGUGGACUCUGCGAGUGGUCUAUCUGCGUAUGGCAGCUCCUCCAUACCCGGCUUGGGUUGCAAGUUCCACCUUGAUGCAUCUGAUCGAAGCCUCCAAGCUCCACCAGGUCUCGUCGGAUGAACGCGAUCUCGAUAUCCGCAGGAGGCUGAUAGGCGUAGCCCAACACCUCAACAUUUGGAUCUCCUACGACCUGGGGCUCUCAAGGGUCAGCUUAUCCACUGACACACUCGGACUGCCCACCCCAAGACCAGGUGACUUCACGGUGGAACUUCUCGGUCUCUUGCCACUUACCGCUAGUCUGGGGCCGGAGAAUCAGCGCCACGACCAGGAAAUCGAACAAUUGCUACUGCAAACAUUGGACCGCACUCAUACAAUACCACCAUCCCUGCUGGCUCAAUGCAACCUAACUUUCUGCCUCCUCCGACGCCUUCGCUUGACGAAUGUCACAACCACCCCCACCACAAUGAAGCGAGUCAUUGACCUCCUCAAACGAAGCCUAGCCGCCGCACGCGACAUGGCAACCAACCAUUCUCCAUGGCAGCAUGUAGCCAACGUGCCGUUCCACAUGAUCAGUAUCCUUCUCGAGAUGGACACGAGUGCCGCCCUGGAGUUGCUACCCGACGCCAUGCAGACAUUGAAAUUAGUCGCCUCGACCUACGAUACCGACACAAUGCGAGAAGCAUACAGCACAGCAUAUCUAUUCAUCAAUCUCUACGAGAAACGCCGAAUCGCAGAUACCAGACUAUUAACCAGGCCGCCAUCAGGACUCAACGAGAUAUCCUGGGUGGAGGGAGUGAUGGCCGACGUGCCGACCCUGCAAGGCCUUGACUUUGAACAAUUCUUACAACCCGACAUGCUCCGACUUUCUCCGGACAACUUGUGCAACCUUAUAAAUCCCUCUCCACUAAUCACCAAACACCCCAAACCAUACCAACACAAUCAACCCCUACAACCACCCUACCCUACCCCACAACCCGACAAUCAAAAACCACCCCCAACGGCGCCACCUCCUCCGUAUGAUUAUACCCCAAAUUCAACGCCAUAA